CUGGUUAUCUUUAGCUUUUGGGGUUACCGAGAUUUAAGAAACAUUUCUUAACAUUUAAGCACAUAAUUGAAACUAUCUAGAUUAUGCAUUCGAUAGGGUCAACAGUUUCUGCUUACUUUUGAAGCAGACUUGUUGUUCUAGUAAUCUAGUGAAACUGGUGAGUGAUUGGAUUUUUAGAAGUUAAGAUAUAAUAGGACAUCAUGGCUGCUUUGGGACAGCAAGCUGCUGCUGCUCUCCUCGAUUUCAACCAGAAACUGGACAUCAAUUUAUUAGAUAGUGUUGUUGUAAGCAUGUAUGCUGGAAAUGGAGAAACACAAAGAAUAGCACAGGAGGUUUUAACAACUCUUAAAGAGCAUCCAGAUGCUUGGACUAGAGUAGACACUAUUUUAGAAUACUCCAGUAAUCAACAAACAAAAUAUUAUGCAUUACAAAUCCUCGAGCAAGUGAUUAAGACAAGAUGGAAAGUUCUACCAAGAAAUCAAUGUGAGGGCAUAAAAAAAUACAUUGUUUCCCUUAUAAUCAAAACUAGUUCGGAUCCAGAAACAUUAGAAACUAAUAAGACAUAUUUGAACAAAUUAAAUAUGAUCUUAGUUCAAGUUCUAAAGAGAGAAUGGCCUAAGAAUUGGGAAAGUUUCAUACCAGAUAUUGUAGGAGCUAGUAAAACAAAUGAAAGUUUGUGUCAAAAUAAUAUGAUAAUACUUAAACUUUUGAGUGAGGAGUUGUUUGAUUAUUCUUCUGGUCAGCUGACACAAACAAAAGCAAAACAUUUAAAAGACUCGAUGUGUUCAGAAUUUUCAGCCAUUUUUCAUCUUUGUCAGUUUGUAUUAGAAAACUCACAGAAUCCACCAUUAGUUAAUGCAACACUAGAAACACUACUCAGAUUCAUGAAUUGGAUUCCAUUAGGAUAUAUAUUUGAAACCAAGCUGACAACAAUGUUCAUUUUCAAAUUUCUUCCUGUUCCUAUGUUUCGGAAUGUGACAUUGAAGUGUUUAACUGAAAUAGCGGGAGUAGCAGUUAGUAAUUAUGACGAGGUAUUUGUCAAUUUAUUUACGUAUUCCAUGCAACAGUUGGUAGUAAUGCUACCAUUGGAAACCGACAUUAAAACUGCCUAUGCUCAAGGUCAAGAUCAAGAACAAAAUUUCAUACAGAACUUAGCACUUUUCCUGUGUACAUUUUUGAAGGAACAUGGUAAUUUGAUAGAAUCUUCAGUUCAACCAGAACACCUCAAUAAUGCUCUAAGAUACCUUGUUUUGAUUUCUGAAGUUGAAGAGGUUGAAAUAUUCAAGAUAUGUUUGGAAUACUGGAACAGCUUAGCUUCUGAAUUGUAUAGAGAUGUACCUGCCGACUAUGCAGAUACAAUAGUUCUGCAACCUUUCUCAACUGGCACCAAUGGGCGCAGAGCCUUAUACCACGAUGUUCUGAACAAAAUAAGAUACAUUAUGAUUUCGAGGAUGGCAAAGCCAGAAGAAGUGUUGGUUGUAGAAAAUGAUAAUGGUGAAGUUGUUCGAGAAUUUAUGAAAGACACAGAUUCUAUUAAUUUGUACAAAAAUAUGAGGGAAACACUCGUUUAUCUUACACAUUUAGAUUAUGCUGAUACAGAAAGAAUAAUGACAGAAAAACUGCAAAAUCAAGUUAAUGGUACAGAGUGGUCUUGGAAAAACUUGAAUACACUUUGUUGGGCAAUAGGCAGUAUAUCAGGAGCUAUGCAUGAAGAGGAUGAAAAACGAUUUUUAGUAACAGUUAUCAAAGAUCUUUUAGGACUCUGUGAGCAAAAACGAGGGAAGGAUAAUAAAGCUAUCAUAGCUUCCAAUAUUAUGUAUGUUGUGGGUCAGUAUCCCAGAUUUUUAAGGGCUCACUGGAAAUUCUUGAAAACAGUUGUUAAUAAACUGUUUGAAUUUAUGCAUGAAACUCACGAUGGUGUCCAGGAUAUGGCUUGUGAUACUUUUAUAAAAAUUGCUCUUAAGUGUAGGCGACACUUUGUGACGACACAACUAGGAGAACCCUGUCCGUUCAUUGAGGAUAUUUUAAGUGCUAUUUCCUCAAUCAUUUGCGAUCUUCAACAUCAGCAGGUGCACACAUUCUAUGAAGCUGUUGGUUAUAUGAUUUCAGCUCAAUUUGAUACUGCAGCUCAAGAAAUACUUAUUGAAAAAUAUAUGGCCCUUCCAAAUCAGGUUUGGGAUGGAAUCAUAAACAAAGCUAGUGAAAAUGUUGAUAUUUUGAAAGAGUUGGAUGUUGUGAGACAGCUUGGUAAUAUUUUGAAAACAAAUGUUAGGGCGUGUAAAGCAUUGAAUCAUGCCUAUGUCGUACAGUUAGGAAGAAUAUAUCUGGAUAUGUUGAACGUUUAUAAGGUUAUGUCUGAAAAUAUUGCAGCAGCGAUAUCUUUGAAUGGAGAGCAAGUAACGAAACAGCCUUUGAUAAAAUCAAUGAGGGUUGUUAAAAAAGAAACAUUGAAACUGAUAUCAAGUUGGAUAUCAAGGUCGAAUGAUAAUCAAAUGGUAUUAGAAAAUUUCAUUCCUCCAUUCCUUGACGCUGUUCUCAUCGAUUAUCAGAGAACCUCUGUACCUGCUGCCAGAGAACCAGAAGUACUCAGUUCUAUAGCCACAAUUGUAAAUAAAUUAGAAGGCUAUAUUACACCUGAGGUUCCCAAAAUUUUCGAUGCAGUUUUCGAAUGUACGUUAUCAAUGAUCAACAAGAAUUUCGAAGAGUAUCCAGAACACAGAACGAAUUUCUUCCUUUUACUUCAGGCGGUGAAUAAUCAUUGCUUCCCUGCAUUUUUAACUAUACCACCAGCUCAGUUCAAAUUAGUUCUGGACAGUAUCAUUUGGGCAUUUAAACAUACAAUGAGGAAUGUUGCAGACACGGGUUUACAGAUUUUAUUGAAAUUGCUACAAAAUCUGGAACAGCACGAACAGGCCGCACCGAGUUUUUAUCAAACUUACCUAACAGACAUUCUGCAACACAUCUUCUCAGUUGUGACGGACACUUCGCAUACCGCAAGUCUUGCUCUCCAUGCUACCAUUUUAGCUUGUAUUUUCUCGUUAGUCGAAAGUGGAAAAAUCAAGUGUCAGUUAGGAGGCCCAGGUGUGGACAAUGUUCUGUAUAUACAGGAAUUCACAGCAACUUUAUUGAGAUCUGCCUUCCCCCAUUUAACUGAUCUACAAAUCAAAGUUACAGUACAGGGAAUGUUCAAUCUCAAUCAGGAUAUACCUGCAUUUAAGGAGCACUUGAGGGAUUUCCUAGUUCAAAUUAGGGAAUAUACUGGUGAGGAUGAUUCAGACCUUUUCCUUGAAGAGCGAGAAAAGGCUUUACAGCAAGCACAAGCAGAGAAGUUCCGUAACCAGAUGAUGGUGCCAGGAAUCAUCAAUCCACAUGAAAUUCCAGAAGAGAUGCAGGAUUAGCAUUGAUGAUUAGGUUAGAGCUUGUAAUUAAUGAUCUAAAAUCUCAUUAUUUUAGAUGGAUAUUUUUGUAAUGUAUCCCAAAACCUCAAUAAAAAUUCUGACCCCAUAGUUAUUUUACACCUCAUAUUAUCAUCAUUCUCGAUUGAAUUAAAAGUGUAACUUGCUGUAGAAUAUCCUUUGAAGUCCUUUUAUGUUUUUAUAUGAUUUUAAAUGAAAUGGUUGAUUCCACAGAAGGAUUUUUGAUCCGUUUUUGAACUACUGUAAUGAGGAAAUAAUACAUGGAUAGACUGCAUAAAACAACUAUCUCCGAUGAAGCUUUCUUUUCUACCAAUUUUAUAUUCGUUAUUUCUGUGAUGCCUUUCAGCACUCCCAAGGAACUUCCAAGCAACAAUUGGAUUCAGUGAAGCAUAUCUGAAUGAAUUCAACUGCUCUAACUUAUUGUUCACAAAAAUUUGAUCUUCUACAAAUGAAAUUUAUAAUUCUUUUUUUUUGUAUUAUUAGUAUUGAUAUUUUUUUCACAAAUCUCCAUUUACCAAAUUUGUUAUUUUAUGAGAGGGCUUUCGAAUUUGACUGUGGGCAGCUUUUAUUGGUUGAAUAAGAUGUGCAUACAUUUAUUGAACUGAAAUGAGGUGUGCCUUCAAGAUACUAAACUUGAAUUCAGAAUAUAUUAUGAAAAUAUUUAUUUGUAGUCCUUCCAAACACUGUUGUAUGCUACGACCUGUAAUGUUGAAUGAAUUUAUGAAUGAAAAUCAAUUGUACAAUGAAUAUUUUUUAAGGACAUGUGAAAUUGUGGUAUAUUGGAGUGCACGGUAGAAAUAAUUUAGAAGAAAAUAUUGUCUUGCUUUAUAAAUGCGAUUUUUAUCUCAUCAGUUGGAUGUUGUUCCUAUGUUUUUUGAAAUGUGUGUUGUUUUAAGUGGAACUUCUAUGGCAUCACAAAAUUAUGUACAUUAUUAAGUUUUAGUUAUCUAGUUGAAAUUUUUUAACAAAUGACUUGUUUGAUAAAUUUUGAAUAUUAAAUAAGUUGUUCAAAA